CGCGCGGGCAGUCACGCAUGCGCACGGUGAUGGCUACAAUGGCGCUGCCGGGCCCUCUGAACAGGUACCUGCUGCUCAUGGCACAAGAGCACCUGGAGUUUCGCUUGCCGGAAAUAAAGUCUUUGCUUUCACUUUUUGGAGGCCAGUUCACCACUAGUCAGGAAACUUAUGGAAAGUCUCCUUUUUGGAUUCUUAAUAUUCCCUCUGAAGAUAUUGCCAGAAACUUAAUGAAACGGACAGUGUGUGCCAAGUCCAUAUUUGAACUAUGGGGCCAUGGAAAAUCUCCAGAGGAGCUGUAUGGUUCUCUUAAAAACUACCCUGUGGAGAAGAUGGUUCCAUUUCUACAUUCAGAUUCUACCUAUAAAAUAAAGAUUCACACAUUUAAUAAAACAUUGACACAAGAAGAAAAAGUCAAACGAAUAGAUGCUCUUGAGUUUCUGCCAUUUGAAGGAAAAGUAAAUUUAAAGAAGCCACAGCAUAUAUUCUCUAUUUUGGAGGAUUAUGGUUUGGACCCGAACUGUAUCCCUGAGAAUCCACAUAAUAUUUAUUUUGGUAGAUGGGUGUCUUCAUUUCUGUUUCAUUUAUCUGAUUCAUCACUAUUUCUACAUGGGACUGUUUGCUGCUGGAGGAAAGGGACUGUGUUCUGUUCAACUCUAUAUCCUACUAGUGUGUGCUUUGAACUCAGAAAGGCUAGUAGGAAAAACCAGAAAUGGAGAGGACCGGAUGAAAACAUUAGGGCAAAUCUUCGUCAGUAUGGUUUAGAGAAGUAUUAUCUUGAUGUCCUGGUUUCAGAUGCAUCUAAACCUUCCUGGAGGAAGGGCGCGUAUUUUGAUGCAAUCAUCACCGAUCCUCCAUAUGGUAUUAGAGAAUCUACAAGAAGGACAGGUUCACAGAAGGAGGUACCAAAGGGGAUAGAAAAAUGCCCAGAAAGCCACGUUCCUGUUUCCUUGAGUUAUCAUCUCAGUGAUAUGUUUUCUGACCUACUCAACUUCGCAGCUGAGACCCUCCUAUUAGGUGGAAGACUAGUCUAUUGGUUACCAGUGUACACACCAGAGUAUGUAAUAUUAAAGAAUUUUAUUUUUAAUUUCAUUUUCUCAUGGUGUUUAACUUCGACUAGAGAGGGAGCUGCUGAAGGCAGGAAAACUGGCCAUUUAACUACCGUACCGGAGUUCUGGGUGAAGAUGAGAAGUGGACUUGAGAUAUUCAGGAUGCAGAAGAACCGGGACCAGUAUUCACAUCUGCUAAGUGAUCAGUUUCUGCCAUACCAAGGUCAUAAUUCCUUCCGUGAGAAAUAUUUCAGUGGGGUAACAAAAAGAAUUGCCAAGGAAGAAAAAUCUAGCCAGGAGUGAAAAUUAAGAUUUUGACAAUGGAGAAAGAAUAAGGAUUUGAUAGAAAAGACAUCUGGAUGUGAACUUUCAUGUAUGAUACAGAAAACAUGUACUGUUUUAAAUAAUUUUAUAUAACAAAAUAAAUGCUACCAAGUAAAUUGAACAAUUCUUUUAAAAUUAGCUUUGUUUUAUAGACUACUUUGUUAUAUGUGGUCUUUUGAAUCUUAUUUAAUUUAUAUUUGUACUUUCAAGUAUCAUGGAAAUUGAAAACAGUUAUAUUUUUGGUAAUUAAUUACAAAGGGAACUAGUAUUGUUGACCUUUUAAACAAAUAUCUGCCGGAUAUAUUAUAGGCAGUUAAUAGUGAAUUUAUUCGUUUAGCUAGAUUUGUUUCAUUUGGUUUUUGAUUGUAAUUGAUUUACAUUGUCAUUAAUAAAGCUUACUCUAAGGAUCCCUAAAUUUGUGUAGUAUUCAGUGCUUUUCAA